GACUUGUUGCGUAAACAUUUUCUACCCUUCAUAGCAAUAAUUUGAACGAAGCAGAAGAAAGAAACGAUUUUAGGAAAUUGCACAAGAGGAAUGCAUUAAAAUUUGUCAGAAAUGCUGUGUUCAAUUGUUUUCAGAAUACUCAUCAGACUGACUAACACCAGAUGCGCAUUCCGAAUGAUACACCGAACAGCAUCACACCAAACCAUAACGUUAUCUAUAAUAAUGAGGAGAAUAUCUGUUCUUUAUUGUUAAAAAGUGUGGAUGAUGAACGGGUUGAUGUCUUACGAUCUAUUCUUGCACAAAUUGCAUCGAAGUCGGAUUUUCGCGAACAGGUAGAUCAGAUAUGUUACAAUGGAGGGACGAUACUACAUCAUGCAGUAGUUCGAAAUUCGGUGGAUAGUGUGCGGACGUUGCUAUCAGCAGGUGUAAACCCAUGUGUCCAGAAUGACAAUAAUAACACAGCGUAUCGGAUGGCUUCUUCUGAAGAAGUUAAAAAUGCAUUUGUCCAAGAAUUAUUGCAAGCCGCCGCUCAGUCAAAUUUGAGCCGAGUAUGUCAAAUGAUAUCAGCUGGAGUUAGUGUGAAUUCGAUUGAUGCUAUGGAUACUGGUAAUACUGCAUUACACUGGGCAGCGUCUUAUGGAAAUGAAGAUGUCGUGAGGAUGCUAUGUCAGAGUGGAGCAAAUGUCAACAUGUUAAAUACGAAGAACGAAACAGCAUUACAUGACGCAGUACGCCGAGGAAAUGAUGGUGUCGUUAAAUGUUUGCUAAGCCACGGAGCAGAUCCAAAUAUUAAGAAUAAAAGUGGAGAGGAUUGUUACAAAUUAGCUACAAAAAUGGGAGGAACUGUGUUGCCUAGCUUGAGUUUGAAUGCAUUAAACCGUACAAUUCGUCGGUCAACCUCCAUAGAUUCUGAAAUUGAUCGCUCUUCGUUAAUAUCAACCGAUACUACAAUGAUGUUUGCGGAAAAAACGUCAAAUUAUAGUGCGGGUCGACUAGAAAGCUGGACCGACUUGUUAUGGCCUCAGCCAAAAUAUAUAGAUUUGGAUGAAAGGAAACGCACUUGCCCAUAUCCAAAAGAUGGUCGUUUAAAAAUCUAUUUUGAUAAAGCUAGUGAAGCAGAACCGCGACGUUUAAUGCAAAUUAUCCAGAUGUCAGCACCCAUCCUUUCAAGUGUCCAUUUGGAAUUGGAUUAUAGAGGUCAUGGAGUUCGGGAGCAAUCUACUUUGGAUGGCAGAAUUACGUGUGGCAUUUUUGAAAAUGGAUGCUGCUCUGGUGCAUAUACACUAAUGGUCAACGAAGAUGGCAUAGAACUAUAUGGCGAAGAUCAUACCGGUGUUCGGCAUGGUUUUUCCACCCUUGUACAAAUACUGAGAAUCUUUAAAGAAGGUUGUGAGAUAGUUAAUUCAAGUACCGAAACAUCAUUGGAAACAUUGCAUGAAACACCUGAAUCUGCAACAAAGAUCACUGGCAUUGUAAUUAACGAACAGUUAAAAAAGAUCGGUGCAAUACCUUGUCUAACGAUUCGUGAUUCUCCAGACUCAUGCUUCCGAGCUGUUUACCAGGAUUUUAGUGGCUGCAAAAUACUGAACACAGAAACUCUUUUGCAACUUGCUACGCGUAUUGGUUAUUGUAAAGCGAGUCAUUUAUUCGUGAAUUUUGAAGUACGAACCACUGAUCGUUAUCAUCUGCCCUACACGACUCGAGAUUUGUUUCAGAUAACUCAAGUUUGUGACGAACUUUUUGUUAAGUUUGUGCCGUCUCUAGACGUUCAGUCCAAUUAUAUUGAAUCGGACUUGGUGUGCCGAACCAUCGAUUCGUUUCUGGAUGAUUUCCCACUUACAAAAGUUGUGCAUUUUGGUCCGAAUUUGGCAGUUAUAGUUAUAUCAAAUCAAUCAAUUCUGAACAGUGUGCAGAAAAGAAUACCAAGAAUAUAUAUUUCAAUGGAAAUCGAUAAAAACAACGCUUCUUUGAUCAAUAACUUGCCACCGUUCGUUACAAUAUGUGUAGAAGGAAAGUAUCCUUUUGAAGCUGAAAACUUGCUUUCAACACGUUUGAAUGUCGUAUUACGGUUUUCGACAAGCGACCCUGGUUUUCUUUGUGCUGCUCCUGAAUCUGUAGCUAAAAAGGCCUUGCUUGCCACUAGAUUGGGUUGCAAGUUCCCAAUUUUAGGCACAAUGGUAUGUGAUCUGUCAACUGGUUGCGAAGUAAUGCCGCCGUCAUUGUCAUACAUGUCUGAAUUAGCUUCUCUGGGCGUUUGCUGGAACAAAUCCAUUGAUAUAAAGCGUUUUUGUUUCUUAUUACCUCGAAUAACGGCAGAACAUUUUCUUUUGGAUGGUAAUAUGGAAGCCUUGUUCAAGCAGGUGUCUACCGUUGGAAGAGUUGAACAUGAAAUAACACGAUUCAGUUACGGAUUAAAAGCUGCAGAAAGCACUGGAGAAGUGCAAGAACAGUCAUCUUUGCUAUCAUCAAACAAGAAAAAACCAAUUUCGGUGUUUGUGGAAAUGAUAUUAAAUCCAGAUAACAUGGUCUUAGAACGACUAACUCCGGUCAUUUUCAAGAAAGCACGGAUAGAAUUAAAACGUAGUUUGAAAGCAUUGGAUAAAGCAAAAAAACGUCUUCCUUACAAUUAUGAAUUGGCACUUGUGCUGGCCGAGAUACAGAUCAUCACCGAACUUAUGGUUCUCGCUUGCAAAUUGGGCCAGUCGCUUUGCACAUAUGGUAUAAACCCGUCGUUAUCACCUAAGGAUCAAAAAACCUCAUUUUCAUCUAGCACUAAAUUGCUUCAAGAAACAACACUUAUUGGUUAUCAAAUGGUUAAUAUCGGUGUGUCUAAUUUACCACCAGCUGUGCGCACUGAUCUCGCCAAUAGACUUCUUGAAAUUCGCAGCCGUUUCCAGCACACGUGGCUAUCACGCAACAUUGCAAGUACUCUUCCGAAUGCUCUAAAAAUGUUUGACAACCUUUUUCGUGCACUUCUUCCACCAAACAUGCAGGAUUAUGGGAGGGAUUUACUUUGAAUUAGCAGGAAUGCAAUUAUAAAAAACUAAAUAUUCUAGAAAUGACG